AUGGCGAGCAAAGGUGAAUCUAGCCAUCGCGGUGGCAAAUAUUGUGUCGCUGGCGGACCAAAUAACGUGAGCUGUACGAAUGGCCAACACACAAAAGAGAUUUCAAUCCAUCAUUUCCCAAACGCGACUAAAGAGCCUAAAAGACACGGCAAAUGGGUUAAAUUUGUUCGAAAACAUCGACCGGGAUGGAUUCCUUCGGAGACGUCAAUAUUAUGCGGCAGCCAUUUCGAAGAUUCGUGUUUCGAACAAAAUAAAAUUAUUGCAGCUUCGCUGGGUAUAAAGACAAGGUUAAAUCGUGAUGCAAUACCAACACUUGACAACGCAAACGAAGUCAUGCAGAUCGAGAAAUCACUUUCAAAUAGGAAACGUAGAAAG